AUGGAAUGUGUCAAAAUUUUUAUAGUUCUUAUUUUAAUAUUUCUAUUUAAAUAUUCAUCGAACAGUGACGAUGCGAGUGAUGAGAAAACUGAAGAGACAAUAGCUCUCCAAAGUUUAAUUAGUGAUAAAACUCAUUUAUACAAAAAACCGAGUGUUGUAAUAGUUAGUUUAAUUCGAAACAAAGCGCAUACUCUGCCAUUGUUUCUAACAUAUUUAGAGGAACAAGACUAUCCAAAAGAUCGGAUAUCCUUAUGGAUCGUGACAGAUCAUAAUGAGGAUAACAGUAAAGAAAUACUCGAAGUUUGGUUGAGAAGGGCAAGGAACUUUUAUCACUCAAUUCAUUAUCAACACGAUGAUAGCGAAAAACUUCGAAGAGGUGAAACAAAUAUGACCCAUUGGCCGGAAGAGAGAUUUUUGGAAAUAAUUCGAUUAAAAGAGGAUGCAUUGAUUGCCGCUCGAAAAGCAUGGGCCGAUUAUAUUUUUUUUAUUGAUGCAGAUGUUUUCUUGACUUCAUCGGCUUCACUCAGCACGCUCAUUUCUUUGAAUCGCCCAAUUAUUGCACCCAUGCUAUCUUCAGAGGGACUCUACUCGAAUUUCUGGUGCGGGAUGUCAUCAGAUUAUUACUAUAAACGAACUGAUGACUAUAAAAAGAUCAGAAAUUACGAAAUGGUUGGAGAGUUUCCAGUGCCAAUGAUUCACAGUUCUGUGCUUAUUGAUCUCAACAGAUUCUCAAGCGAUUUACUAACAUUCAACAAAACAAAGCUCAACAGUUAUCACAAUCAAAAAUUUUAUGAUGGUCCAAUCGAUGACAUAAUAAUUUUUGCAAUAUCUGCGAAUUUUUCAAACACGGAAAUGACAAUAUCGAACUCACAUGCCUAUGGUUUCAUACUUGUACCACUUGAUCAGGAUGAGCCGAUGACAAAAGAUGAACAACAACUUAAAAACACAAAAGUUUCAAUUAUCAAUCAACAUAAUGAAAUUCAUGUCGUACCAGAGCUUCAGAAAUAUGUUAAAUAUCCAAAUAAAAGUAAAUUAACAUUCAGUGAUAUUUACAUGAUCAAUUUGAAACGUCGAUCAGAGCGGAGAGUGAAAAUGGAACAAAGUUUUAAAGAGCUUGGAAUUGAUUAUACAUAUUUGGAAGCUGUUGAUGGAAAGACAUUGACAGAUGAAGUUUUAAUUCAGAAAGGCAUUAAUUUACUUCCUGAGUAUGCUGAUCCAUACCACAAGCGUCCCAUGACGAUGGGAGAGAUUGGUUGCUUCUUAAGUCAUCACACAAUCUGGCAAAAGAUGAUCGAAAAAGGCCAAGAAGAAGUUCUCGUUCUUGAAGAUGACAUAAAAUUUGAGCCUUACUUCAAUGAACGUUCUGAACAAUUGCUGGAAGAAGCUCGAGCAAUCGGAGGAUGGGAUUUGAUUUACUUUGGAAGAAAACGUUUACAUGAAAACGAAGAAUUUUUAGAGAAAAGCGAGAACUUUGUGAAAGUUUCUUACACUUAUUGGACUUUGGGUUAUGCGCUUACACUCGCUGGUGCCAAGAAACUUUUAGCUGCUGAACCAUUGAAACGACUUUUACCUGUUGAUGAAUUUCUACCAAUUAUGUUUGAUCAACAUCCUAAUGAUACUUGGAAAAUGAAAUAUGAGAAAAGAAAUCUCGUAGCGUGGAGCGUUAGUCCAUUGCUUCUCUAUCCAACUCACUACACGGGUGAAGAUGGAUAUAUUUCUGACACGGAAGACUCUAAACAAAUACAAAUUGAUCUUGCAAAUGCCGCUAGUGAAGCUUUGAAGGGAACGAUCAAUGGCAAUAUACUCAAUCAAGUUAAACAUGAUCCUAGUGAACUCUAAUCAAUCAUUCAAACAACUCAACUUAAUGCCAAUAAACAUACCAAAAAUAAUGAUUUUUAGUGCUAUAAAAUACUUUCUAGAUUACCAAUGAAUUCUGUUAAACAACGAAUUGUGCCUUAUUGAACAAAGUUUUAAGAAUCUAUCUAAAAAAUAUUGAAAAUGUCAAAAGAAUUUAAUAAACUCACGAAUUAGCAGAUGAGAAACAAAAAUGUUUAAA